AUGGGAGUUUGCUAGUCUCAUUCUGAUGGAAAGAAAUCUAAUAAAUCAUAAUAACUUCAAAUAGUGAGUGAACAAACAUUAUAAGAGAAAGUUAAGAACAAAGAUAAUGUUAUUCCUCGCCAUAAAACUAUGCCUUCUAUACAUUGCUACUCAAAAGAAAAACUGGUUUCUUGCAAAAGCAUGAUUGUUUCUAAAAUAAAAAAGAGAGUUUAUGGAGAAGCUUUAGCAAAGUUCUAUUCAGUUCUAAAUUCAUAAUUUGGUUAUAAAAGUAAAAUGUUUAAUAAAACUUAGAUAAUGAUAACAUGGGAUUAGUACAGCAUAAUGUUACUGGUGUAGUAAGAGUUGCAAGAAACAUUUUGAAACCAAAUGAACAAGACAAAGAUUUUGAUCACUUAGUUACUAAUCUAUAAGAUCAAAGCUAUGUAGUCUAAAUUAUUUAUUUAUAGAAUUCUCUUCAUUUUGCCAACAUCAUUGAAUUAUAUUAAGAUUCCAAAAGUUAUUAUGCAGUAUAAGAGUAUUGUAGUGGAGGUUUGCUUAUUGAUAAAUGUGGAUUAAUUAAAGAAGAGGAAGCAAUAUAUAUAAUAUCUUAAAUUUUAGAUAUUUUAGAAGAAAUUCAUAAGCAAGAUAAUUAUCAUGGCAGUCUUACUAUAUCAAGUUUUGCAUUACAUGAUUCAACAAAUAAUCAUUAUGUUAAAUUAAUUGAUGUUAUUCCAAUAUUUUAAGCUAAAGAAAAGUCAAAGAUUAGCGAGAUGUAAAAGGAUGAUCGUUAGGCAGUUGGUCUUAUUUUAUUUUAAUUGAUAACUAAUAAACCAAUUACUUCUUAAACAACUGAAAUGAUUAUUAAAAGACCAAAAGAUUUACCAACAAAAACUGAAUGGUAUUAAUUGGUAGUAUUAUUGUUGGAAUCAAGAAGUUCUAUUAUUUAUGAAUAAGUCUUAUAAAAUAAAUAAUAUAGAGAAAUGGUAUAAAAAUAGGAAGCAAGAUAUACUGAAACUAUAAUCAAUAAAUCAGUUAAAAAGACAUCAUAUAUUUAAUAAAAAGUUCUUAUUAUUAUGAAUUCCAUUUUUUUUAAGGAAAGAUAAUAAUAAUUAGAGAAGAUUUUUAAAAAGAAUGAUGGAAAUAGAAAUGGUACACUUUCCAAAGAAGAACUUUAAACUGCUUUAGGAACUGAAGAAAUUAUAGAUGAUUUAUUUGAGAAUAUUGAUUGUGAUGGAAAUGGAGAAAUUGAUCUUGAUGAAUUUAUUCUACAUUCAUGUGAUAGAAAAGCAUUAAUAACAGAUUUUAAUUUAGAAGCUACUUUUAAAGAAUUAUCAAGAAAAGGUAUAAUUGUGGCAUCAAAUUUCAGUAGAUUACAAAAUUGUGAUGAGGAGAAGAUUGAAAAUGACAUGA